AUGGGGAACUGUCUACCUGUAUUGUUCCCCUCAAUGCGUCAUUCCGAUGAUCAGUCACAACUUGACGACAUCACUGCUCAGCAUUCAUCCAAUGUGCAACCUAGACAACCGGCAGCUGAGGCAAACAAUGAACGUGGUAUCGCGCAAACGGGUAAAGCGAGGUUGUCGGGAAUGCUCGAGCAAAUUCCUGCGGAUAAAUACGCGAGCGGUACAAAAGGAGACGCUGAGUGUGCGAUUUGUAUGAUAGAAUUUGUGGACGGGGAUGCGAUACGUUACUUGCCUUGUAUGCAUUGUUAUCAUGUGGACUGUGUGGACGAUUGGUUGAUGCGUUCAUUUAAGUGUCCGUCUUGUCUUGAGCCAGUCGAUUCGGCGAUACUCUCCUCGUUCACAGCACACACAACCACUGAUCUCCACUCACUGUCCUGUUCCCCGGCAACCCAAGGACCAAUCCAGAGAUCGCCGCCACCGCCUCCAUCUUCAUGA